CACCCACUUACAUGACUGUUAUGAGAAAUGGCGGCAGAUUCCGACAGUUUUGUACAGCUUCGGUUUCUUUGCUUGAGAAGCAUGUCGACAAGUUUGUGCACCAAACCCGCAUCUCAAAUCAGGUGGUUUCUUUCGAUGCGAAUUAUCAACUCCGUAAUCUCAUCGAUUCAGGGAACCUGCGAGAUGCUCGCAAAGUGUUCGAUAAAAUGCCACACAGAGAUGUCUUUUCAUGGACAGCCAUCAUUCAGGGAUACAUAGCUGCAACAAACUACGACGAAGCACUGAUUCUCUUCUCUGCAAUGCAUGUCGAUCAUCCUCGUGUCUCAGCCGAUACCUACGUGGUAAGUGUUGCACUCAAGGCUUGUGGCCAAAGUUCCAACCUUUCGUUUGGAGAGUCUUUACAUGCUUUUUCCCUGAAAACUUCUCUGCUUAGCUCUGUCUUCGUGGGAAGUGCUUUAUUGGAUUUAUACAAAAGAACUGGAAUGAUCGACAAGAGCUGCAGAGUUUUCAGCGAAAUGCCUUUUAGAAAUACAGUAACGUGGACGACAAUCAUAACGGGUCUCGUUCACGCUGGUCGUCACAAGGAAGGGCUUAUGUACUUUUCAGAGAUGUCUAGGUUCAGAGAACUACCUGAUACUUUUACAUUUGCCAUUGCCUUGAAGGCUUGUGCCUGUUUGCGUCAGCUCAAAUACGGACAGGGGAUUCAUACUCAUGUGAUAGUCAAAGGCUUCGGUGCUGUUCUCUGCGUGGCUAACUCGCUCUUCACUAUGUACACUGAGUGUGGGGAAAUGGAAGACGGGCUGCGUUUGUUUCAAAGUAUGAGUGAGAGGGAUGUUGUUUCCUGGACAAGCCUUAUCACGGCGUAUAGCCGUAUAGGUCAAGAGGAAAACGCGGUCAACACAUUCUUAAAGAUGAGAAACUCUCAAGUGCCUCCCAAUGAACAAACGUUUGCGUCCAUGUUUGCUGCUUGCGCGAGUCUUUCCAGACUUGUUUGGGGUGAGCAGCUCCACGGUAAUGUUUUCUCUCUAGGGCUAGGAGAUUCUUUGUCAGUGAGUAACUCUAUGAUGAAGAUGUAUUCAACAUGUGGGAAGUUAGACUCUGCUUCUGUUCUGUUUCGAGGAAUGAGUUGCAGAGAUAUUAUUUCGUGGAGCACGAUUAUAGGAGGGUACUCUCAAGCCGGUUUUGUAGAAGAAGGUUUUGAGUAUUUCUCAUGGAUGAGACAAUCAGGGACAGAACCUACUGAUUUUGCUCUUGCUAGUCUGCUGAGUGUUUCAGGAAACAUGGCAGUUCUUGAGCAAGGCAGGCAAGUUCAUGCGCUUUCACUUUAUCUCGGUUUAGAACAGAACCCCACGAUUCGUAGUGCGCUGAUAACUAUGUACUCGAAGUGUGGAAGCAUCACAGAAGCUUCAAAGGUAUAUGAAGAAACCAAUAGAGCUGAUAUUGUUGCUUUGACAGCUAUGACCAAUGGAUAUGCAGAGCAUGGAAAGAGCAAAGAGGCUAUUGAUCUGUUUGAGAAGAGUCUAAUGAUUGGUUUCAGACCCGACACUGUAACUUUCAUCAGCGUUCUUAAUGCCUGCGCUCAUUCGGGACAGCUUGAGCUCGGUUUUCACUACUUCAACUUGAUGCAAGAGAAGUAUAACAUAAGUCCAGCCAAGGAACACUAUGGUUGCAUGGUUGAUCUGUUGUGCCGAGCAGGACGGUUAAGUGAAGCAGAGAAGAUGAUCGAUGAGAUGCCAUGUAAGAAGGAUGACGUAGUCUGGACCACGCUUCUAAGAGCGUGUACGGCCAAAAGAGACAUUGAACGUGGAAGAAGAGCGGCAGAGAGGAUUUUAGAGGUGGAUCCUACUUCUUCUACCGCACUCGUAACACUAGCCAAUAUAUAUUCAAGCACAGGGAAGUGGAAAGAGGCUGCAAUUGUGAGGAAGAGUAUGAAAUCAAAAGGAGUGACCAAAGAGCCAGGAUGGUCAUCAAUUUUGAUCAAGGAUCAGGUUUCAGCUUUCGCAUCUGGUGGUCAGUCACAUCCACAAAGUGAAGAUAUAUACAGUAUCUUGGAUAUAGUAGCAUUUGGUGCAGUAAAGAGAGGGUUUGGGUCAAUUCAAAUUUGUGAUUCUUAAAACAGAAGUGGUAAUGAUGAUUA